AUGAGCAAGAAAGACACCGAAGAAGUUCCGAUGGAUUCUCUUGAGGGAAAGGUUAUCGAUGCCGAGAAGAUAGUUGCAAGGAGCGAGCAGGCCUCGGAGCAGGCAGAGGCCCCUGAUGGACAGGAGAAGAAGGGGGGAGUUGACGGAUCCAGAUACAAGAAGCUGCAGACGAUUCUGGGAGAGGGGACGUUCAAGAAGGUGUACAAGGCGAUUGAUCAGGAGGAGGGCAAGGAGGUUGCAUGGAAUGAAAUCAAGAUUAGCGAGAAGGGGCAGGACAGCAAGGAGCGAGGGCUGUUUGCCAAUGAAAUAGCACUUCUUAAGUCUAUUUCCCACCCCAACGUGCUUCGGAUUCUCGACUAUUGGUUUACGCCCGACAGCUUUAUAUUUAUCACAGAACUGAUGAGCGGGGGGACUCUCCGGGAAUACAUAGCAGAGAUAGGGGACCUAAAUGUCAAGCUUAUAAAGAAGUGGGGAAGACACAUUCUCGAGGGGCUUGUGUAUCUACACAGCCAGGAUCCCCCGAUAAUCCACAGAGACAUCAAGUGCGAGAACAUCUUUGUGAAUGCGGCUCUUGGAGAGGUAAAGAUUGGGGAUCUCGGGGUGGCAAAGGAGAGAAGAAUGAAGAGAUACACUGUCGUUGGGACGCCGCAGUUUAUGGCCAGGGAGAUGUUUGAAGGAGAGGGAUAUUGCGAGAAGAUUGAUGUGUAUGCGUUUGGAAUGUGUCUGAUUGAGAUGGCCACGGGGGCAUAUCCGUACAAGGAAUGCACGACGGCGGCAGAGGUCUAUAAGGCGAUUAUACAGGGCGUCCCUCCUGUUGCUCUGAGCUCUAUCAAGGAUGUCUGCCUUAGGAAUCUGAUUAUGAACUGCCUGGUUUCUGAGAAGGACAGGCUGAGAAGUGUCGACUGCUUGAAACACCACUUUUUCGACAGCAACAACACAUGCAACGGAGAGUGCAUUCCUGCGGAGUGCAUGUCUGGGGUUCCCCUGACGGCACCUGCAAAUGACAUGGAGAUAAGCUUUUUGUCCUUCAAGGGCGAUGUGAUUACGUUUCAGCUGUUUUUCAUGAGCAUGGCAAGGUUUAUCAAGUUUGACUACAACCUGAACACAGACACUGUUGAGGAUGUGACAAGCGAGAUGUUGGAAGAAGAGGUGGUGUCUGAGGAUCAAAGAGACACGCUUCUUCAGCUCCUGUCGAGAGGAAUUGAGAAAGCCAAGGAAAGGAUCACAGAGAUGAAAGGUGGAGAUGCAGAGGAGGCGCUCAGGAAGCUGAGCAUAGAUGCCGAGAAGGAGAAGAGCGGGGCGGAUGGGCUUAGAAACGACUUCAACAAGAUAACGGAUAGGGAUCUGAGUAUGGAAGAGACAGAGUCUCUAUUGGAAAUAGAUGUGAAGUCUGGAAACGAUGGGAUGGAUAUUUCAUGUGCCACUCCCCACUCUGGAGAAUGCGAGGGCUUUAGGACUGGAGGAGAGCCUAGCUCCCCGUUGAUCAAUUCCUCGGAGUUGCUGUGCAACGGCGAAGGGACGGCAGAAGAGCAGAAAAGGAUUGCAAGCGGAAGGUUUUUUGAUGGAACAAAGUGCCCGAACAGCAAGUAUAACAACGACAUUUCGAUUGAAGAGUUUGUGGGGGAUGUUUCUGUUGCAACAAAGAGGUCUUCGGAGACUGCCACCAACUGGAUAAAAGCAUUCAAGUCGAAUGACAUCGACACUGUAUUUGAGUUGAGGAUUCUUGUGGACGAGGACUGGGACAAGCUUGGGCUCACUGUGUUUUCGAGCAGAGCCAUGAAGAACAUGCUCUAUGGGAUUGACAAGACUCCACUAAAGGAAAGGCAGCUUCCUACGAACACCUCGAUUAAGGACUACUCUGGAGCAGUGGAGAUAAGGGAGUUUCUCCAGGAGAUUGGAAGUUUAGUGGGCAAAGAGAAAUGUGUUUCCAUAUGGGAGAGUAAGCUUCUUGCACAGGACGUCAGAACUGUGUCAGAGCUCAGAUCGCUGCACCAGGACGACUGGGACAGGCUAGGGCUGUCUGUAUACUCGUGCAGGGUGAUCAAGAACGUUAUUUACAAAAAGGGGAAGGUGGUGUUCUGCUGA